AUGAUUGCAGAAGCUAUACACACAGACGAAUUCAAAGAAAUUUGUUGGUCCGAUAACGCGAGGGAAGACCUAGAAGUAUUCUUUGCGCGAUCUGCUACCAACGACCAACUUUAUUACGUGUAUAGCAAGCUCUGGACGGCCGUCAACUUUAGAUUUGUGAUGGAUAACAAUGUUCGUCCUAAUGCGCAGGAGAAGCAAGUCAGAAAGGACGUUCGUCAAAUCAUAAAGCGGGGCUUUGGAUUUGCUGCGGCUGAUUACUUCAACCUUUGUAUUCAGAGAAUCGUGAUCCCAGUCUAUUCUUCCGAUGAUGAAGGUUCGGAUAAUGAGACUUUGGACACCAACACAUUGGUUGAUGAAGAGAAUGAGCGAUGGGAGGACCACGACGCUGUUGAUUAUGAUCAUGACCAGGCAAGAAGUAUGCACAAAGGUGGAUGGCGCCAGUUGGUGGCCAACUGGAACAUGGCUACAUACUCACACGGCAACUUGAAUGUCAUUUCGAAAGAUGCGGGGCGCCUUCCAGCCACGGAGAAUUUCGACGCUGGCAGAACCGGGAAGAGCGGGCCAGGUGGUAGCAGUUCUGCUGGGGGGGGAGAGACGACAUGA